GUUGAUUGGUUGAUAGAACAGCAAUCAGCUGUUUGAAUUUUAUCGAAUUGAAAAGAACAAGGAAUUCAUGGAAAACUUUCACAGCCACCUUGUUUGAAAACAAUAUUGGAACAAGAUUGAAUAAAAUGUAGCCUGAUUAUUAAUACCUUGAACAAAUUUUAAUGAAAAAACCGUCAUAUUAUUCCGGAGGAUUUCGUGAUUCCCGUGAACUUCGGGUGAUUGGCAUUUUUUCGGGGAAAAUUUGGGGUAGUUUUGUCCCUAUUGCCAUUGGCGACACUGAUCAUGACUUUAUACGGCAGAAUUUUGAAUUUGAAAUAGUAAACAGAAAACAGUGGAAGACACAGAGAAGCUCCCAUCAAAGUCAAAAAUAAUUCAAUGGAAACUAAUAAUUGCGCUGAUGAAUUACAGCCAAUUGCAGAAUGUUUUAUCAAACAAGAAAUCAAACAAGAACCGACUUCACCAGAGUUGCAGAAUAAUGAGGUAGAUCGUGAUGAGGAAGUGAAUAUGAAUCGUCUGUUAUACACCACCGUUGUGACAGAAGCUGGUGCUCAUGCGACACACGAGCAACAUACUGGAAAACAUCCCUCGUCUUCCAUACAAAAUGAGUUGUUGGCUCAACCAGGUUCAAGUGUCUGGUCCUCGAACGAUGUUUCACCUAUUGAUAAUUCGAAUUUGAAAGAAAACCCUCGUCCGACCACUGUCCAGCUAGAUCAGCCCAGACCAGUUCAGUCAAGCGACUCCAAGCCCAGCCUCUCAGAGCAGCCUCUCAGAUGUUCUCAGUGUAGCUAUGAAACUGUGAAACGCCAUUUCUUGGAGAUACAUAAUCAAAGACAUUCUGGUAAGAGGUUUUUAGAUUGUGAUGAGUGUGAAUUCAAAACUUCAAUCGAAGAAAAUCUUGUUGCACAUAUGACAACAAAACAUGUCAAAAAAGAGCGUUACAAUUGUAAGCGUUGUGAUACAAUUCUCAGCACAGUUGAAAAGUAUGCUUACCAUUUGUUUCGUCAUAAAGGAAAUACUAUUUUUAAGUGUAGUGUCUGUAAUAUCCUUUUCACUAAUGAAAGGUUUUUGGAUAGACACAAAACAUUAAGACAUAGUCCGCUAUAUUUCAAGUGUAGAUUUUGUGAUUUUUGCUCAGCUACAUCGACAAACCUUAGGGAUCAUGUCAGGAAUGAACAUGAGCAGUCUAUGUAAAAUGUUUUGGUAGGCUACACUUACUUACACUUGUGGCAUCAUGUGGCUACACUCUUGUUACUUUUGAUUUAUGAUGGAAUCGUUUGCAGAAAAACUAAUGUUUGCAUAAUAUGCCAGCUUCUAAAGUUUCUCCAGCAGAAUUCAUUUUUCAAUGGAUCACAGAAGUAAGCAUGGGGCUCAUAUAAUAGAAUGAUACCAUGCUGUAGUAAUAUAAUUAUCAUGAUAUAAAAUAAUCACACAUGCUUGCAUAAUACGGGAAUUUAUCAAUUUUAUUUAGAUGGAGAAGACAAAUUCACUUUAGAAUAUAUUCUAUUAUAUAUAAUCAAUUAUGAAUAUCAACUUGGAAGUAUUUUAUUCAAAUAAAUAUAUAUUUUAUUUGGUUGACGAAACCCAAGAUUUUUUUUUAUUUUGAAAAAGAGCAAUGAUUAUUAUUUAGUUUAUCAUCAAAUGGCUCUGUAUUAUUGUACUAUAUAUAUAUAAUAGAUAUUAAGCAUUCUGGGAUAAUCAAUAAGAUGAAAAAUUAUUGUUACUUGUUGGUUGAAAAAAAUAUAUAGAAAUUCAUUUGUUUUUGAAGAAUAUUGUAGAUUUGAUAUUAUUUUAUGUUGAAUAAAGCUUAUUUCAUUUAAUUUUUG